AUGAGUUGUUGCCACCAAAUCCCUAAUUCCGCCGCCAGGAACCGCUUCCACUCGGCAAACCAUAGGGAACAUAAUUGUUCCAUCGUCGGCACCGGAAUCCUGGGCCUCCCUUUCGCUCUCCGGGUCGCCAGCUGGCUUGCUGGAUCGUUCGCGAUCAUCGUUGCUGGGAUUCCUACUUAUUACUGCAUGAUUCUCCUCGUGCAAUGCAGAGAUAAAAUGGCAACUGAGGAACCCACCACGAAAACAAGGACAUGUGGCGAUCUGGUGAAAGAGGAUGUCCAAAAGGUUGUUGGUGGGGAUUUUAAGUUCAGUGAUAGGCAAGCAAUCUCACCGGUCCUAGUGGCUUGUCGUUUGCUUUAG